AUGCUCACUGUAAUGCUGAUAAUUAUUCUCGGUAAUCUACUUGUUGUGGUUACCGUAUAUCGUGAUCGCAAGCUGCGCCUGCAACGACAGAACUGGCUUAUCAUUUCGUUGGCCCUCGCUGAUUUGUUGGUCGGAUUGCUUGUCAUGCCUCUCACCCUUAUUUAUGAAAUUAUUGGAGAGUGGAAGAUGGGAAACGUACUCUGCGAAAUGUGGUUGGCUCUUGAUGUACUUUUUGUAACAGCGUCAAUUCUGCACAUUUGUGCAAUCUCCCUAGAUCGGUACUUCUCAGUGACAUCACCGCUUACCUACCCAUCGAAACGAACGCCCACAAGGAUGUUUAUUUAUAUCGGCGUCGCAUGGAUAGUCUCGUUGUUGAUAUGUCUCCCGCCGAUAUUCGGAUGGCGUCCAGAACGUCGACCGGGUGAAUGUGCAGUUAGCACAGAUAUCGGAUAUGUCCUGUAUUCUUCGCUUGGGUCAUUUUAUAUCCCUGUUAUCAUACUGGUUAUCGUGUACGCGAAGAUCUACAGUAUCACUAUCAAACACAGCCGACAACGUUUGAAAGAAACAGAACGUCGUGAUAAUACGCUUAAUCUUCUGACUGCAAAGCCUUUGAGUAAGUGUCAUUUUUGUUACAGUCUUUCCUUCUCCCAUUACAACUUCUACAUGUUUGAAAUGAGGGGGACUGAGGCAAUUAACCAAGUUUGCUGGCAUCUGAGAAAAAUAUCGGAAGAGCUUCCUUCAAUGAAUAAGAAGGUUAGCGCUACCCAGCGAUUUUUGCAAGCUUUCGAUCCAAAACGGUCGGUAAUUCCUAAAAGCGAGAAAGAGCUGAUUGCUGAGAGACGUAGACGAAAGCUGAAAGCAAAAGAGCGUCAAGCCACGUUUCUACUGGGAAUCAUUCUAUCUGCAUUCAUAUUUUCCUGGCUUCCAUUCUUCGUUAUGUAUGUUAUUGGAGCAUUUGGUUACGCAGCUCCGGCAAUUGUGUUCAAAUUCUUUUUUUGGCUGGGCAACUCCGGCAUCAAUCCAGUCAUCUACACAGUUUUCAAUAGAGAAUUUAAGCGAGGGCUAUGCCGCCAACUACGAAAGUUCGAACGUUACGUUGAACCGAUUACAGGUUUUUACAAGUGA